AUGGUGGGCAAGGACUGCGUUGCAAUUGCCUGCGAUCUCCGCCUCGGCAUGCAGGCCCUCACCAUCUCCAACAACUUCCCCAAGGUGUUCCAGUACGGGGACGUCUUCCUGGGCCUGACCGGCCUGGCCACCGACGUCAACACCGUGAGCGACCUCUUCCGCUACAAGACCAACAUGUACCGCCUCCGCGAGGAGCGCCCCAUCGCGCCCCGGACCAUGGCCAACCUCGUCUCCUCCUCCCUCUACGAGCGCCGGUUCGGCCCCUACUUCGUCUCCCCCGUCGUCGCAGGGCUCGACCCCAAGACGAGCAAGCCCUUCAUCUGCGGCUUCGAUAGUAUCGGCUGCAUUGACUUUGCCAAGGACUUCAUCGUCUCCGGUACAGCCUCUGACCAGCUGUUUGGUAUCUGCGAAGGCCUAUGGGAGGCCGAUCUGGAACCCGACGACCUCUUCGAAACAAUCUCCCAGGCUCUUCUCAACGCCGUCGACCGUGACGCACUGUCUGGUUGGGGUGCACACGUCUACAUAAUUGAAAAGGACAAGGUCACCAAGCGGUUAUUGAAGGGAAGACAAGACUAG